AUGGCGUCCAAACUGAGCCCAUUCUUGCUGAGAACAGCUGUCCGCAAAGCGAGUCGAGCUCCGCGACUACACAUUCGAGCCUUCACGGCAGGGAGCGCACGCAGGAGCGACUCGCUCAACGUCCACCGAAACACACCCGAUAACAACCCCGACAUUCCUUUCAAAUUUACUGCGCAAAAUGAGGCUGUCAUCACCGAGAUCCUCAAGCGCUACCCGCCGCAAUACAAGAAGGCCGCCGUCAUGCCGCUGCUCGACCUCGGCCAGCGCCAGCACGGCUUCACCUCCAUCUCCGUCAUGAACGAGGUGGGCCGCAUCCUCGACAUGCCCCCUAUGCGCGUCUACGAGGUAGCCUCGUUCUACACCAUGUACAACCGGACGCCCGUGGGCAAAUUCCACGUUCAGGCGUGCACUACGACACCCUGCCAACUCGGCGGCUGCGGCAGCGACGUCAUCGUCAAGACCAUCAAGGAGGAGCUGGGCAUCAAGCAGGGCGAGACGACGCCCGACGGGCUCUUCACAUUCAUCGAGGUCGAGUGUCUGGGCGCCUGCGUCAACGCGCCCAUGGUCCAGAUCAACGACGACUACUACGAGGACUUGACACCCGAGACCACCAAGAAACUAAUCAAGGCGUUGAGGGAGAGCGCGAGCGGGGCUGGCAAUGUCGAGGUGCCGAAGCCGGGGCCUUUGAGCGGUCGCCAGACGUGUGAGCAUAGCGGGGGGUUGACCAACUUGACGAGUGAGCCGUGGGGGAUUGAGACUACGCGGUCGGAUCUGUGA